AUGUUUGACGCAGCGAUGGAUGCAGCUUAUUCAGCAAUGAAGUCUCUCGGCUGUGAAGAUGUAGAUAUCGCCAUAAGGAAAACCGGUUGGCAGGCAUCUUGGUGCAAGCCUCAAAACACUGCAAACUACAAUCUCAACAUCAUCAAAUGUGCGAGGAACAUAGGCACGCCUCUUAUGCCCAACCGCCACAUCGACAUCUUCAUAUUUGCAUUGUUCAAUGAGGAUGGUAAACCCACUUUAUCUAAGAAAAAGAGGCUAUUCAGACCGGAUUUUACUCCGGUUUAUGAUGUUGGAGUCUUACGAGGAGGCGAUGACAGAAAGUCCAAAAUCGCUAAUGGUUUACAUAGGAUAUUCCUCAUGGCAUUGUUGAACUAG